AUGGGUCUCGUUACUCUGAAAAAUCUCUUGUUUGGGCGGACACAGGCUCCUACCCGCAAACCUGUCAACGAGCGCGCGGAGAGCACCAUGUCGGACGACACUAUCACUGAAGCCGACCUAGAGAGACAGCCUCUGCUGGGAGCUAGGUCAACAUCAACCGCCACGAUGACGACGGUUGUGUCCGCGACAUCUACAUCCUCUCAUACCGAAUCUCCCCGCUUCCGUAUCGAUGCCCGUGUCAUAUCCGAUGCUACUAUUGGUUUGUCGGAUGGCUUGACGGUGCCUUUUGCUCUUACAGCUGGGUUAUCAGCGCUGGGCCAAACAAAAGUCGUUAUCUUUGGUGGGAUGGCCGAGCUGAUUGCCGGUGCCAUCUCCAUGGGCCUAGGAGGUUACCUAGGAGCGAAAAGCGAAGCGGCCUCUUACCGGGAAACGUUGAACGAGUGCACACGCCUGACGCAAGAGGACCCGAACCUGGCUCGCGCCCAGGUCAGGGAAGUCCUCGAGCCCUAUGAGCUGCCAAAGCAUACCCUUGAGGAAGUUACUGACCAUCUGUCGACCUCACCUCGCCUCAUUGAUUUCCUCAUGCAAUUCCAUCAUUGCGAGCAGGAGCCCGCUUCUAACCGCGCUUUCGUCUCUGCGCUGACCAUUGCCGCGGGCUAUCUCUUGGGUGGACUUGUGCCCUUAUUCCCCUAUUUCUUCGUCCCAUCAGAGAACGUCUACCUUGCACUGUACGUCUCUAUUGCCGUUAUGGCCGUCGCGCUCUUCACCUUCGGUUAUGUCAAGACAUGUAUCGUCUCCGGCUGGCAGGGGUCACGAUGCGUGCGACAAGCUAUAAUUGGAGGCCUGGAAAUGGUUGUCGUUGGCGGCGCUGCGGCUGGUGCCGCGAUGGGAUUGGUGAAAGCGUUUGAUCAACUAGCGAAAUCAGAUGACGUGUCGGCGUUGGCGAGUAGAAUACUUUGA